AGUUGCUCGGUGGUUCGGUGUCACUGUCACCUCUCCCCAACCCCAUCGCUUCGGCUCCCCUGAAUUUCUCAUGAUGGCAGAGACGGGCGACCAGCACGGUCCAGUGAUCGGCAUCGACCUCGGCACGGCGUGCUCGUGCGUGGCCGUGUGGCAGAACGGCCGCGCGGAGAUCGUGACCAACGAACAUGGCGGGCGGGCCACGCCGUCGUACGCGGCGUUCACCGACACGGAGAGGCUCGUCGGCGACGCGGCCAAGAGCCAGGCCUCCCGGAACCCCACCAACACCGUCUUCGCUACGAAGCGAUUGAUGGGGAGAAGAUUCAGUGACGCGUCCGUGCAGGACGGCCUGAAGCUGUGGCCGUUCAAGGUUGUCCCGGGCCGUGGCGACAAGCCGAUGGUUGCCGCGAGCUACAAGGGCAAGCAGAAGCUGCUCGCCGCGGAGGAGGUCGCGUCCAUGCUGCUCUCAAAGAUGAAGGCAGAGGCCGAGGCCUACAUCGGGGGGCCAGUCAAGAACGCCGUGGUCACGGUGCCCGCGUCGUUCGACGUCCUCCAGCGCCGGGCCACCAAGCACGCAUGCGCCGUCGCGGGGCUCGACGUCCUCGGCGUCAUCCACGGGCCAGCGGCCGCCGCCGUCGCCUUUGGCAUCCACGAAAUCGCGGGCGACAAGAAUGUGCUCGUCUUUGAUCUUGGAGGCGGUCAUACCAGCGUGUCACUCCUCGCCGUCGCGUCCGGCAAGAUCGCCGUCAGGGCGACCGCCGGCGACCCCCACCUUGGCGGCGAGGAUUUCAACGGCCGCAUGGUCGAACACUUCGUCGCUCAGUUCAAGGCAGAGCACAAGAAAGACGUCGGUCGCAACGCGAGGGCUAUUUUGAGGCUCAGGGCGGCGUGCGAGCAGGCGAAGAGGACGCUCUCGUCGGCGAGCUGGGCCGCCAUUGAGCUCGAACGUUUGCACGAUGGCGCAGACUUCUACUCCACCAUUACGCGCGACCAGUUCGACGAACUCAACCUGGACCUGUUCUGCAAGUGCUUGGAUCCCAUCAAGAAGUGCCUCACGGGCGCCAAGAUGGACAGGAGCAGCGUGGACGACGUCGUCUUCGUCGGCGGAUCAACCCGAAUCCCUCGCGUGCGCCGUCUGAUUCAGGACCUGUUCGACGGGAAGGAGCUCCGCAAGGACAUCAGCUCUGACGAGGCGGCGGCGUGCGGUGCUGCCACCAUGGCCAGUCUCGGCAGCGACGACAGCUUGGUGGACCUGUUCCUAUUCGACGCCACGCCGCACUCGCUCGGCGUGGCGGCGGCCGGAGGCGCCAUGGCAGUGAUGAUACCAAAGAACACCCCGAUUCCCGUCAUGGCGAGGGAGAAUACUAUCUCCAUCCAGCCCAAUCACAAGAAAGGUAUUGUUAUCUCAAUUUUCGAAGGAGAGAGGCCACAAGCAAGUGAGAACACUCUCCUCUGCGAGAUCGAAACUUCCGGGGGCUCACAGCAAAGCAAAGCCCGGAGUGAAGCUCUCUGUGUCUGUGUGCUUCAGCAUCGAUGCCGACGGCGUCUUGACGGUCUCUGCGAGGGACAAGGUGAACGGGCAUAAGAACCAGAUGAGGGUCAUGGAACAGAGUCAGCUGAGCAAGGAGGAGAUCGAGAGGAUGACUAUGGAGGCGAAGGAGUACAUGGCAGCGGAUGAGGAGAAGGAGAGGAUCAAGGCGAAGAAUUUGCUCGAGGAAUUCUUGUAGAAUAAGGUAGUGUUUAAGGUAGUGUUUGGUUUGGGAACAGGGUGGGAUGGGUUAGGUCCAUCCCUAUUUUUUUUGGAAUGGGAUGAUUCUGUUUUUUUUGUUUGGUUACAGGGAUGGAACGAGCACUGUUUUUUUUGUUUGGUUUGAGGGAUAUAAUGGAUGGAAUGAUCCUAUACAUUGUUUGGAUGGAGAGAUGAAGGUGGGAUGCUUGAUAGGGUUACCUAUUGAUAUUAGUUGGUGAGGUUACCCUUAACUAGUCAUGAAUACCACACAGUGCAAAAUAAUACCUACUCAUGAACACCACACUAUUUGAAAAUGACCAUUGUGAAUUUGUUCGCAAACAAUAUAGCUCCAUAAGUUAUUAAAAGAAUUUAAUAAAACUUCAUGUAUGCCCAUA